GUGGUGUUGAAUCAAAGUGUAUCAAAGUUUUCAUCUAGUCAUUGAAUUGUGAAGACAUCACUUUUAAAUUCUUAACAAAGAAAACGUUUUAACAAAAAGUUUUUUUGUUUUCAUCUUGCAAUUUAACAGAUGACUCGCAUGUAGAGUGCAAAGUCGAGUUUAAUUCUUUUUUUUAAAUAAAUCAAGACAAAUUAACUAAUUGUUUGAGGAUCUUGUAAUCAUUUUGAAAGUUUCAAUUCUGUUGUAUUGACAUUUUCUAUAAGAAACAGUUUUCAUUUUUCAGGGCAUUUGUGUGAUACAUACAAUUCAGUCUGUUGAAUCCAUUGGAAAUCACCAUUCAACAAUUGACGUGAUGUAUCACAAAAUUUUUUAUUUUAUCUCAUUAUAUGACUGUCUUUUUACAACAAUCCUUUAAAAUAACUCAUGUCUAUCCGAGAUUUAGAUCGUCAAAUAAAACAACUUCAACGGUGUGAAUAUAUUAAAGAAACCGAAGUCAAAGCGUUAUGCGCAAAGGCUAAAGAAAUCUUAGUGAAUGAGGCCAACGUUCAAAGGGUUGAUGCCCCGGUAACACUUUGUGGAGAUAUCCACGGACAGUUUUAUGAUUUAAUGGAAUUAUUUAAAGUUGGCGGAAGUGUACCGGAAACCAGUUAUUUAUUUCUUGGUGAUUUUGUUGACAGAGGAUUUUAUUCUAUAGAAACCUUUCUGUUACUACUAGCUCUAAAAGUUCGAUAUCCUGAUCGUAUAGCCUUAGUGAGAGGCAAUCACGAAUCUAGACAAAUUACUCAAAUCUAUGGCUUUUAUGAAGAGUGUUUAAGAAAAUAUGGAAGUGUUAAUGUGUGGCGUUAUUGUACGGAUGUUUUCGAUUAUUUGUCUCUUGGAGCUUUAGUGGAAAAUUCCUUAUUUUGUGUUCAUGGCGGGUUAUCUCCUAGUAUGAAAUCUAUAGAUGAGAUUAGAAGUAUAGAUCGAAAACAGGAGGUUCCUCAUGAAGGGAUUAUGUGCGAUCUUCUAUGGUCCGAUCCUGACGCUAUUGAUAAUUGGGGUGUAAGUCCUCGUGGUGCUGGUUAUCUUUUUGGUGCAUCUGUAGUUUCUGAGUUUAAUCAAUUAAACGAUAUAGAUAUUAUAGCAAGAGCGCACCAGCUUGUUAUGGAGGGAUUUCGUUGGUGGUUCGACAAACAAUUAGUGACAGUGUGGUCGGCUCCUAAUUAUUGUUACCGAUGCGGCAACACGGCUACCAUUAUGGAACUUGAUGAAAAUUUAAAUUCCGUUUUCAAAAUGUUUGAUGCGGCACCCGCCAAUGAAAGAGGACUUCCUGCUAAAAAGCCUGCUCCCGAUUAUUUUUUAUAGUUAUCUAUAAAUUUCACUGGUUUAUUCAAAGCCAUUUUUCUUGUUAACAGUGUUAAGCAUGCAUUCGUGCAGCAUUGUUAUGUGAGUCUAUUCAUUGCAAUCUUUUAUCCUAGUUGAAUUUUAAGAAAAAUUAUGCAACAAGAAUUUAUUGGUUAUUAUUU